CCCUUCAUUUGGGCUUGUUAUUCAAUCAAUAAUAAUUAUUUUCAACAAUUGUGUUGAAAAUACACCUCGCUAUACGACCACUCUUUAUACGGCCAUCUUACAUUAAUCCUUUCGUUACGAGCGUCGUUUAUAGACGACAUCCGCGCGACGAGCUGUGUGUACGAGCGUUGUCUUUAGACGACAUGAAAUUCAUACUGCUCUUCGAUCACACCAGCGCGACAUGCAUACUUUUCGGCGCAGUACUCCGUACAGGGGUAGCACUUCGGCGGAGCACACUGCCGUAAUGAAAGGGUUAAGGCACGUUUUCGAUUUACGACCUAAAAUGUUUCGCUAUAACGGCCAUUUUUUAUUACGAUAUAUGACCUGCGAUCACGCGUAUUCUAGAGCUUGCCACUCAGAAUGCAUUCAAGGCGUGUUAUUUGGCAUAGAAAUCUCAACUAAGUACUAAUAAAAAUGACGCAAGUAAUACUACGUUGAGACGGCGAAGUUCCUCUAGGAACGUUAUUGCCAUUGAAGAAGAAGAAGAACUUAAAAAUGAAAUUUAAGCAGCAGCGCUGAUGAGGCCGCAUCAAAGGAAUAUGCUAACAUUUCAAAGAGAAUUAUUGAAAGAGGUGAUCAUAAACCAGAACAAGUGUUUAACCUAGACGAAACAUGGCUUUAUUGGAAGCGAAUGCCAGAUCGCACGUACAUUUUUUUUCUGCGCCUGGUUAUCAGGUGUCUAGAGAACGAUUAACUUUGCUUCUUGAUGCAAAUUAUCUCUUUUAAUAUAUUUAUAUAUUUGGAUGACUAAAGCUAAUUUUGAGGAUUGUACAGAAGUGAAAAAAUAUUUGCGAGACAAUAACUUAAACAUGGCUUUGCUAAUUUUGGAUAAUGCACCAGGGCAUCCUAUUAAUUUAUCCGAACUAGUCUUCAGAUUUAAGCCAUUUAAAAAAAUAUGUAUGUAUACAAACAUAUAUUUCAUUUAACAUGAAGUUGUUUUCGUAUUUGAUGGUUUUUGGAGUCUGUUAUUAUUUUACGUUUGAGGAGUGCGAAUGUAUUUGUUGAGGGGGCAAAUCACGCCACUGUUCACUUCAUAUCACCCUGCGCAUUUCAGUACCAUCAGCAUCGCUCCAUGACAGUUCGUCUGAUAACCGUCGAAAUACAGCUGUCAUAACAAUCCCAUACGUCUUCCUCAUACAUAUCUUUGCUAACCACAAAAAGGUAGAGUUCCAUCCGAGUGUUAAUAGAAAUUAAUAUUGAAAUCAAUUUAAGUCAUCCUGUAGUAAGCUUCGCUGUAUACAAAACAAGGAGACCAAAUCUUUGAGCUCGCUCACCAACAAUUCCCGCGUGCUGCAAAGAGUCGUCCGAAAAAAACCCCAACAAACUCAAAGAUUUGUUGCAACGUGUUGCAAGUAGCAAACCAGGAUGCCGGAGACGGAUCGUUUCGAUUGCCAAAUGUGCGAUCUCGCCAACAACGCCGAUGACAUGGUACAAUGCGAAGGAUGCGGCAAAUGGUCGCACUUCGGAUGUGCUGGUUUCGAUGAAGGGCGAAAGGACGAACAUUGGAUGUGCCAUAAAUGCGUCGUCGAAUCUGCUAACAGCGUCGUCGGUGUUGAUUCGAAUGUUUCGGUUGGCCUCGAACCUGCACACGGGCAAACUAACGCGAACGGAUCCGACGAAGGAGCAAAGCCGAUUGGGGAACUCGCCCAGCUUAACCUCAAACUGUUGGAAGAGCGGAAGGCAUUCCUGCUAAGGGAAAUUGAGCUGCAACAGACGAUCCAGUUGGAACAACGUAAGCUGCAGUUGGAGAAAGAGAUGUGGAAAGCGCGGUACGACAUCAUCAAUGCGAGGUGUGGAGCAACCAACAGGGAUGUGAUGGCUGGUAGUCUUGGAGAUUGGUUACAUCGCUUGGAUCAGGUCGCCGUCAGCCAGAAUGAGCUAACUUCUGCGCCGGCGAGAACGGUGACGGUCUCAGCAACGUCUUCCAGAACCAGACCGCAGCAUUCCGCUGCUGGAAAUACAAAAAAUAUUCCACAAACAACACCAUCGUCACCUGCGGUCACGUCAUUGUUCGGAGGUACAUCUGUUCUCCCUUCUUGGAUAAUCUCUCCUACGAUGUCGAUGCAAUCAAACUCGCAACUAAGCCAACCGACAACGAGUGGGUAUGCAAGUGGGCAAGGUAGCCUCUCCCACGAUUUUCAACCUGGCAGAGGAGCAAACGGACCGGGGGCGUCGACGCCAGUCAGCACGAUCAAUUGGGUCAAUCCAGUGACAGGCUUUACCAGUUCCACCCAGUGCCUGCCACCAUACAUCAGCUCAGUGGGACAGAUUGGAAGUCAUCCAAUGCAACCGUGGCACGUGAGUCAGCCAUAUCAGGUACCGAAUAGUUUACACAAUUUCGCACCAGUAGGUCAGGUAGCCUCUUCGCAGUAUGCUUACGGUAGCGUAGGAACACUGAAUCCUGUAGCCAGUUCAAUAAAUGCAUAUCCCUCUUACAUCCCCUAUUCCUUUCCAUCGAUGCUUCCGCAACAUAAUCCAUACCUCCCGCAAAUCCCUCUGGGUGGGCAAAUGGGACCUCUUGGUGGAUAAAUGGGACCAGCUGCGAUUAUCGACGAGCUAGCCCCUACACAUCGUCAAAUCGCAGCGCGACAUGUUAUGC